AUGUCAAAAUCUACCGGGAAAAGGACUCUUGAUGCGUUUUUCAAGCCUCCCGUCAAAAGACAACGUAUAUCAGCUACCGAACAUGGCGGGCGGAACCCAGAGCUGGCAACGGCAUCAGAUCAAGAUCUCCAGUUUUCUCGCCAUCCGAUGUACCCCUUUCCAAUAAAAUGUUUUCCACAGCAUAUUGAAACGGCCAUGGCCUCUUUUCCAUCUGCCACUCCAAGGGUUAUCAAUGAUCAACCCGAUCUUGACCUGCUCUAUUUUGAGCCCUACAUUCCUAGGAAUUUAGAACGUGAAAUAUUUCAGUUUCUUCGUUCCGAGCUACCAUUCUAUAGGGUUGAGUACAACAUCAAAAGGGGAGGAAUUGAGAAUAGAAUCCGAACGCCGAGAUAUACAACGGUCUUUGGCCUGGACGAAACGGCAAGGUUUAAUGAAACUGGAGAUGUUGUAAAUGCGACGACAGGGCAGAAGCUGGAAAACGAAAAGUAUUAUUCCAAAUACCCUCCAAGGCCAAUACCUAAGUGUCUUGAUGACAUUCGGACCUCGACCGAGGCGGCAACUGGUUGCAAAUUUAACUUCUGUCUUGUCAAUUAUUAUGCGUCAGGUUCGGAUAGCAUAUCAUACCAUAGCGACAAUGAGCGGUUCCUUGGGAAGUUACCGGCUAUCGCAUCCUUCUCCUUAGGCGCUCGGAGAGACUUUCUCAUGAAGCACAAGCCAGUUGCGCCAAAUGCCAAUGCUGCUGAGACAAAGACUGUCAAACUGCCUCUCGCGGGCGGAGAUAUGUUACUCAUGAGAGGCAAAACUCAGAGUAACUGGCUCCACUCAAUUCCCAAACGGACAGGGAGGAAUGUAAAUGAUGGAGGAAGGAUCAACAUUACCUUCCGACGAGCAACGGAGAAGGGCGGGACAGAAAACUAUUAUAAUUACAAUGUGGGAACCGGUCCUGUUUAUAGGUGGGACGGCAUCUCAAGAGAGAUGAAAUCGUGCAAACCAUGA